UGUGCGUCCUGAGUCCGGCCGCGUACACUAGUAGCGCGCCCCUCCGCCGGCAUGGCCCACAGCCGCGUGGGCAACUGCGCGCUGCUGUUCUUCCUGGCGGUGGUCUUUGACGUCACCGGCCUGGUGGUCCUGCUGGUCGGGAUUUUUGGAAACCUGAACAGGGACGGUCGCUUCUACGGGGACUUCCUUAUCUACACGGGCUCCAUCGUUCUUUUCCUGAGCUUAGUGUGGUGGGUGAUGUGGUACACUGGGAACAUCCGGCUGAAGGACCGCCGGACCUCCGUGGACAUCAGCUUCACGCACUGGGCCAGGAAACUCUCCGAACGGCUGAGCGUGAGCAGCCUGAAGACCCUGGAGGCUGGAGAGUGGAAGAUGAGCCUGGAGAAAGAGCAGAGCGGGACCGCACGCUUCUCGGCUCCCGCGCGGGUCACGUGGGAAAGCAGCUGCGGCGGAGACUCGCCGGGUCACGACAACAGGGCGUUCGUUGGAGGCCCGGAGUGGACCCCGACCGACAAGAACAUGGAACUGGGGGUGGUGAGGACCUCCUGCGUGGAUGUGCAGGACAAAGCCGAGAGACUCCUCUGACAGACGGUUUACAGGAUCCUGGUCCAACCAUCCAAAAGACGACCAGAACACGUCACUUUGAAACCUCGAACUCACCAUUUCUUCUUCAGGAAUUAAAAGCCCAGAUGCUCUGACUGAUAUUUUUUGCACAGACG